GCUCAGGGUGUGAAUCACCAAUCCUGAGUGUUGCCCUCUUAGAGGAUUCUUCAUGUUUUUCAAUAUCUGUUGUAUGUAGCUUUUCUUCCUCUCUCAUCCUCCAAGUUUUUAGACUCCUGUGAAGCAUUUAGCAACUGCUCGAAAUCUCAAGCAAAAGAUGUUGGUGAUGAAUCACCUGAGAGUGAUUCUUCAAGCAUCUCCUUGCAAAUCGCUGUGGAGAAGGUUGCAGCUUCCAAGGUCCAUGCCAGUGAGGCCCUGCAGUCUCUAUACCUGCACUUACAGAACCGGAAAUCGAGCCUUGCCUCCACUCUGGGAGAACUUGGACCUUGUUCCUGCCGGUGAUCGACAGUCACCCAUCAACAUCCGGUGGAGGGACAGUGUUUAUGAUCCUGGCUUAAAACCACUCCACAUCUCUUAUGAUCCGGCUACCUGCCUCCACAUCUGGAAUAAUGGGUACUCUUUUCUCGUAGAAUUUGAAGAUUCUACAGAUAAAUCAGUGAUUGAGGGAGGACCCCUGGAAUACAACUACCGACUGAAGCAGUUCCAUUUUCACUGGGGUGCCAUUGAUGCCUGGGGAUCUGAGCACACUGUGGACAGCAAAUGCUACCCAGCAGAGCUGCAUUUGGUGCAUUGGAAUGCCAUCAAAUUUGAGAACUUUGAGGAUGCAGCCCUGGAGGAAAAUGGUCUGGCUGUGAUAGGUGUAUUUUUAAAGCUAGGCAAACAUCAUAAAGAGCUACAGAAAUUGGUGGAUACUUUGCCAUCAAUUAAGCACAAGGACACCUUGGUGGAAUUUGGGUUGUUUGACCCUUCCUGCUUGAUGCCCACCUGUCCAGAUUACUGGACCUACUCUGGGUCUCUGACUACUCCGCCCCUCUCCGAGUCUGUUACUUGGAUCAUUAAGAAGCAGCCAGUCGAGGUUGAUCGUGAUCAGCUUGAGCAAUUUCGGACCCUGCUUUUCACUUGUGAGGGGGAGAAGGAGAAAAGAAUGGUGGACAACUUCCGCCCCCUUCAGCCACUGAUGAAUCGCACUGUCCGCUCGUCCUUCCGCCAUGAUUAUGUGCUCAAUACACCCAAGCCAGCAGCCAGCCAAGUGACCCCCUAAGACACUCCUAUCUAAACGGCAUCUUGCUUUAAUACAUAUUAACUUUAAAAUUUUUUAACUAGGUUAUUUAAAAACCCUGCACUUAAUGAUAUUUACACAUAUACAUUUCUGUUUUAUUUCCCCUUCCUUUUUUGUCAUUUCCAAGUUUCUAUCCUUAUAAAGCAGGAGAACAGAGACAAAACAAUAGAAAAAUAACUCAUAACCAAAUAACAUCAGGUUACUUUAGGUUACCCUUUGUGUGUGUGUGAAAAGCUUAAGGCAGAGGAAACUUCAUUACCAUGCCAAUUGAGACUGGCCUGUUUGGAAAAUUUAGCUUUAAAUCUCUCUAAUCUCUUUUUCUCAGAAAAUCAGAUAAACAGUUUAGUUUCCGCUAGGUGAAAUGGAAGUUUAAUGUGAGAGAGCCUAUCUUGAUUUUUAUGUUGGUCUGGUAGGGCCUAAUACAGGAGCUUAAUCUAAAACAAUGUGUUCUUGUGAGUUUUAACAAUUGUCCCUUUUUGUCCACACUGUCCCCUUCUUAAAGUGUUAGCGCUACUUUUAUUUACCAAUCAUUCUGGUCUCAAAAUGACACUCAUAAGUGUGCAUUUAUUGGUUUGAAAAUGUUUCAUGUGUCUUUGAAGGGAGUCCUUUGAUAAAUACAUUCGCUCCUUGACUGAUAGUGGAAGAAACAUCAAAUAUUAAUCUUUUCUUUAAAACACUAUAAAAUAUGUUACAAGGAAUUCUAAUGUUCUAAUCCUCUACUCCCCAUCCUAUAAAAACUUUUGAUUUGAUCGCCCCUAACACACACCCUAUAAAACGUUUGCUUAUGGAUGAAGGAAAAAAAUAAAGAGUCCUAGUAUAUUCCAGGAAUUGAUGGCCUGGGAGUGGGGAGUAGGCUGAGCCCUUCUUCCCUCUUUGGUCAAACCCCCCCCCCUUUUCCUUUUUCUUCUUUUGCUUGGAUUUUUAGCCAACCAGGAAAGACUGUGUGGGUGAACCUCAGCCAAUGGGGAAAAGACACAGUAUUAUGGUAGUUAGGAGUUAGGAUAAAAAUAUGCCAUACCCCUGUUCCCUGUGCUUGCUUCUCUAUAUUUCUGUUUUGAGUAGUGCACUCUUAUGAUCAGAAAUAAAGGUUUGCCUUAGCAAGACUCUUCAGCUGGAGUGGUGAUGGUCUCUUCCUUUGUAACCCUGAACAUAGUUCUAACAAUAAUAGUAUGUGUCACUGGAAUAAAAGCAGGAGAUUUGUUUCCCUUAUAAUAAAUGUGCUUUGUUUUUUGUUUCUU